UAUCUAACCAAUGUAGUUAGUCAUUAUGAACAGACCAUACACAUAUAUCACAAAUGUCUCAUGUAUUGCACAAGUCUGAUCUUCCUGAGUUGAUAGCACUUGAAGACAAACCCAACGAUGAAUCUAUCAAGGUAGACGACGGAGGAAAAGGCAACGCUCAUUUUACAGAUGAACAUCAUCUUGUGUUACAUAAAGAUGGUAAGGUUGAUGAUAUAACCACAUUAUAUGAUCCGUGCAAGUUCAAAGAGAUUCUGGAAAAUUACAGCAAGCCAAUAGACCCUGAUCACCUUUUCGAGUGUCUCCCAAGCAAUCUUCGGCCAUCACGAGACGGUGAAGGUAGUGGCUUAGAGAAAGCCGACUAUUCGGUCCCAACAAGCAUCCCACCAAUGGUUUUGCCUCUGCUUCAUGGUUUAGCCCAACAGAUGGUUAAAGCUGGUCACCAGCAGCAACUUAUCAAAACUUACAGGGAUAAUCGUAGGGCAGUGUUGGAGCAGAGCCUUCACAAAUUAGGUGUCGAGAGAUUUAGCAAAGAUGAUGUUCACAAAAUGAAGUGGGAUAUCUUAGGCGCCAAGAUUAAGAACUGGAUCCAUUACAUGCGAAUAUCAGUGAAACUAUUAUUUGCUAUGGAAAAGAAAAUCUGCAACCAAAUAAUGGAUGGUGUGGAGCCACUCAGGGAUCAAUCUUUUGCUGAAAUCACAACAGUUUGUUUUGAUAUGCUUCUUAGUUUUGGAUAUGCUAUUGCCAUUAGCCGAUCACCUGAUAAACAGUUUGUUAUGAUAGAUAUGUAUGAGAUAAUGAGAGAGCUUCAACCAGAGUUUGAGUUGCUCUUUGGAAGCAAACCUUGUACCGAAAUGAAAGAAGAUGCACUGAAUCUGACAAAGCUAUUAGCUCAGACAGUGCAAGAAACUAUUGCGGAUUUCGAAGACGCUGUUGAAAUGGAUACGACUGAAACUGCUGUUAUAGAUGGAUCCGUACAUCCGCUAACUAGUUACGUUGUAACAUACGUCAAGUACUUGUUCGAUUACAAAUCGACCUUGAGGCUACUUUUUCAAGAGCUUGAUAGUGCUAAGGAUCCUGAUACCGAGCUGAAAUCUGCUAUAACGGGGAUCAUGAGGGCUUUACGGAACAAUUUGGAUGGUAAAUCAAGACAGUGCGAAGAUGCAGCAUUAACUCAACUAUUCUUAAUGAAUAAUAUGUAUUACAUAGUGAGAAAUUUCAAAAGGACUGAAGAAGCAAGGAAUUGGUUGGGUGAUGAUUGGGAUCAAACAUAUGGAAGAAUCGUACAACAACACGCACAGCGGUACCAGACAAUUUCUUGUAAUAAGCAUUUGCAGUGUAUCAGGGUUCAAUCGAGUGGGAGCAGUUCGAUAGAGGAUGAAAAUAUAACAAAAACAUUUGUAGAAGACAAAUUCAAUACUUUCAAUUCUCAAUUCGAAGAGCUUCACCAGAGACAAUGCCAAUGGAUAGUUCCGGACAUUGAGUUACGCGAAUCUCUCAGGCUUGCUAUUGCAGAGAUUAUUUUACCUCCCUACAAAUCGUUUCUCAAACGUUUCGGGCCGAUUGUAGAAGAUGGUAAGAACCCACAGAAGUAUAUAAGGUUCACUCCUGAGGAUCUUGAGCGAAUGCUUAACGAUUUCUUCGAAGGACAAAACUUGGAUUAAACCCAAAAUACACAAAUGUGAUCAUGUUUGUUUCCGUUACAUUCUCUAUAUUGGCUUUUAUUGAAGCUUAUGUGUGGACUUGUUUUCAUUUAUUGUUGUUGUGGUUUCCGUAAUUGUAAUAUUGAUGAUGUCAGAUAACAAACCUUGUGCAAGAUGGUUGAGUUUGAGAGUUUUAAUUG